AUGGCAGAGGCCGCAGUUGCAGCAGAAGCGGCGGCUCUCCACCCCGGCCUCCCGGACGAGAUCGUGGUAUGGGAGAUCCUCGUGCGACUGCCUCCCAAAUCCCUCCUCCGCUGCCGUGCCGUGUGCCCCGCCUGGCGCCGCGCCACCUCCACCCGCGACUUCCUCCUCGCUCACCACGGUCGCCAGCCCUCUCUCCCUCUCCUAUGUGGCUACGAGCUUCUCAGCGACCACGGCGUUUCCCUGGACGUCAUCCCCUUCGACCACCGGGCAGGGCUCGCCGCCGUCGACCAGCUCCAGUCCGUCGCGCGGCUCGGCAGAUCCUUCUUCUCUCUGGAGGCGUCCUGCGACGGCCUCCUUGUCCUCUGCCGCAGCUACAGGAAGUUGUCGGACUACUCUAUCUGCAACCCUGCAACUCGUCAGUAUGCUCGCCUGCGGCAGCUUGAUCGCUUCGCGCUCUUGGGGAUGUACCCUCAUAGCCCUACCGGCGAGUACAGACUAUUGCUUGAGAAGCCGAGUCAUUAUGCACCUGACGAUCAAGAUGGAUACUACUGCGUCUUCACAUUGGGCUCCGACCACCCGCCGAGGCGCAUAAGCUGCCCCCAUGCGGAGGACAUGGUAUGUGAACCCUCUUCUGUCCUGUUCUUCCGUGGUAGCCUGCAUUGGCAAGUAGAGCAGCAUGACAACAUGAUCAUCAAAGUAUUCAGCACCACAACUGAGUCGUUCCGACAGAUGCGUGCUCCAGCUGUUCCUGGCAAAGCUAAGCUGUUUGAGAUGGAUGGGAUGCUCGGCAUGUCCAGCUUUAACGAUGCAGCGACAGCGGUUGAUAUCUGGAUGACGCAAGACUACGAGAGCGAGGCAUGGGCCAUCAAAUACCGGGUUGAGUUGCCGGCUCCAGAGCUCACCGUAAAGUUUGGAAUGUUCGACGGUAAAUGGAGUGUGGCCCCGUCUUGGGAAGGCGAUAUGCUCCUGCUGGUCAAAUUUGGCAAGUGGCUACUUCAGAUUGACAUGGAUGGCAAGUUGGUUGCCAGUUUCCAUCGCGUAUUACAGUUGCCUAAUCAACUUCGCCUCAAACAAUCUCUUGUUCCGCAUGCCUUCUUUCCGACACUCGAGGGUUAUGUUGUGAAUGGUUCUCCUUUCAUCUGAGGACUGCAACAUCAAGAAGACAAGAACGAGCUCGCUAGCUUCUUUGUUGGUUCUAUAGAGUUAUGGUCAAGAAGCUCUCAUUGUUAUCUGGUUGCAUAAAUUCAAUGCUUGUAAGGCAGAAGGGGCUACUGAUAUGUAUUAGUGCUCAAAUUACCGAGGCAUCAUGGUGCACAUUUGAAAUAUGUCCUAACUAAGCUGUCUCGUGUCUUUAUUUUAUUGAAUUGAACAAUUGACCUUGCUAUUUUAAUUAGGAUAUCAUAUCAACCUAGUUCUCCAUGUAUUGUAUUUGAUGCUAUGUUUAGUCUGUGUCUGCACUAGUUCUUCCGUUCUAUUACUUAGCAAUGCCAAGUGGUGCUUAUUGGCAGUAGAAAAUGUUUACUUAAUUUGUGCCCAUUUCUGGAUUCAUUCUAGCAACUUAGUCUUUGCACAUAUAUACUUUGCCUUGUUCUUCUUAGUUUCUGUUAAUUCUGCGCUGUGUCAUUGUUCUACCCAAGAACCAGGUUUUAGAUUGGCUUAAUGGUGGUCUGUGGAAAACUUAGGUAGUUUGGCACACGGUUUGUAGUUGCUGUUUCUAGAUGGUUCGGUAGAGUCAGAUGCUUUUAUAUAUUUUCCUGUAGGUGUUGUACUUUUAGAUUUAUUGUAUUCUGUUAAGAGUGUAUUGAUUAGAUCAUACUGUGAAACAAAGUAUCUUAGAAUUGGACUAAGUCUGGAGAGUUCAGAAUGUCCUUGUAAUGCACCAGUAAGCAGAGAACAGUAAUUGGAAGAUAGGCCAGUGAGUGAGAUAUUUAACAAUAGGUACAUCUCGGCUAGCUAUUAGUUCUCACCAUACCUGUAUGAAUUCUUCUAAACCUCGAACUAGCGUAAGUACCAGUUUGUUCUUUGGGGUUGAGUUGUGAAGUUGUAGGUUACUAUUGAGCAGCAGUUCAGUAUUUUGUUUAGCAGCAGUUUAGCUUUGCGGG